AGAGAUGCUAGCGAGGAGUUAGGACUCCCACAGGUCAUUACAACAGCCCUAUAUCGUCGUAUCGGUGCUUUACUACUUCCUCGUGAAUAUAUCAGCCAACCUUGCAUACUUGAAUUUUGUUUUCUUGCGUUACACAAUUUUUCCAUGUUUCCAUGUAUAAGCUUAUACAUGUAUAUCCAAUGUUAUGGUCAGCUGAUUACACUUCCACCUAAAUGCGCACUCCAUGGAAGUGUAGCAUGACAAAUCUAUCAAAGGUAAUUAAUAAGUACUUUAGCAAUAUUCUACAGACUCUCUCAUCACUCCCACCAUACGAAGAAGAUUGAAAACGUUCCCUAUCAUAGCCCCAUACAUCUAUGAUGCUAG